UGUCUUAAGACCUUAUAUGAAAACAUCGAUUUUUCCUCUCUUCUGACUCAAGCUAUUGGCAUAAAAUUGUAUACAUUGGAGAACGCAGAGUGCAGCUGCGGCAUUAAAUCGAAUUAAUCAGUCAGAAUAAGACGAGAUAAUACAAGUUCUGCUCAGAGAGAUGACUCAUCAGGAAUUAGUCCUCGCAGUGGUCGUCUGCCGUUGAUUCCAGGCAGACGAUCGACAAGAAUCGACCGCGACGCGCCGCCAUUUUGUGAACAUUCUUUUUCUCGGAAAUUUCAAGGGGAAAGGCGGGGAGCUUCCAGAAGACCUAAGGACAGGAAAGGUUUCUGAGAAAAGGAAAACUCUCGCAGCGUUUCUGUUAGAUAGAGACCAAGAUGGCGAAGAGAAUUACAACACUGAAUUUGGGUUGUUAACGACGUAUUUGACAAAACAUUUUAUAAACAUCAAAUUUUUCGACAAGGUAGGUUUCGGUUACCUGAACUAUAUUUAAAAACCAUUCUUCGAAAACUCUUUGGCGGUUCCAUAUUUAUUGAAUGGCAUCUGAUUAACGCGUGCCUACGUAACCUGACGUCCGUUUCCACAGUGUUAAUUAACCUGCUAAUUCCGGCACUGUUAAAACGACAGUAUCAGCUUUAGAGCCACAGUAACAACGGAAAAAUCAAACAUAAAACAAGCAAGCAAGCCUUUUCAAGCAUCCCUAGAAACGCCAUACCAGAGGCUGCAUUGGGACUAUAAAUUGUUGACAUAUUUAAAACGUCCUCAGAGACCAAAGGGUGUUCACGCCAAGCACGCCUGCAAAGAGGUCGACUCCAAAAGUUGUAUUUACUAUCGACACUAAAGUCAACAUGGGUACUGUGCUUUCAUUCUCCCCGCGACCUCGGCGUCCUUUGUAUGAAGACAUUAACUUGAAUAAUUUCAACUACGAAGUCCUCAACAACAACAAACCUGCUCCACCGAAAGGCGAGAAGGUGGAGAAAAAUAACUUUAAAAGACACUCCAUCUUCCUGAGUAGCCUUAGCUGGAAGAAAUUCAGCGUGACCGGUAAGAAAAAAGAGAAGAACUUCUUCAAGUUGACCAACAAAAUUUCCGGAAAAGUUGACAAUAACUUGAACAACGUUGAAAACGUCAAUCACAACUGCGUACCCAAAUCUAUAUCCUGUUACAAUUUGAAGAGUUUCAAAGAUGAGAACUUAGCGAAAAGCAACAACAACAAUGUAUCGAAGCUACGACCGGUCGUGGCAGCGGCCAGUCCAAAAAAGACUGUCAUCCAAGCGUCCACGUCGGAGCUACUCAAAUGUUUAGGGGAAUACCUGGCCCAAAGGUGCUACAGAGUGAAGCGUUUGGAACCUAGCGACGCUGUGAUGUGGCUUCGCGGCGUCGACCGGGCGCUGUUGCUGCAAGGAUGGCAAGACAUCGGUUUCAUCAAUCCCGCCAACGUCGUCUUCGUCUUCAUGCUGGUGCGCGAGCUCGUCACGAGCGACAUGACGUCAGAGCACGAGCUUCAAGCAGUGACACUGACUUGUCUGUAUUUGUCCUAUUCUUACAUGGGCAACGAAAUCAGCUACCCGCUCAAACCUUUCCUGAUUGAGGACAAUCGUGAUCGAUUCUGGGACAGAUGCUUACUCGUGGUAAACAAACUCAGCUCAAACAUGCUACGAAUCAACAGCGAUCCUGGAUAUUUUACCGAAAUUUUCACCGAACUCAAAGGCUAUUCGCCCCUGAAGCAAUGAAGAUUGACCUAGAAACCCGUUACUGUCUAUCUACAUAGGUAAUGUAAUUAAACCAGAAGCAGAGUCAUAAGACACAUUGAUAUUGCCUAGAUUUGAGUGUGCUUGUUACUGUGAAAAAAAAAUGGUACAGAAUCCAAAUAGUACAGCACCGCUAUUAUUAAGACCCACACGCGCGUUUCGCAACACUUUUUGUGUCGAUAUUGUUUUAGUGCGCGUGUACUUUUAUAAAUCGAAAUUGUAACAGUAGUUUAUGUUAGUAUUGUAAGCGGAAUACGCGCAUUUUGUUUUACUUUAAAAUCGCAUUUCACAGGAGUGGUACAUCUGACCGUAGUUAAAAUGAAAUCCACUCUAUGACCUCAUCCUUUUAAAGAGUCACUUGGGAUUCUAUAAAAAACAAGACAUGGGACAUAAUGGACCUACUCCCUACCAGAGUUCCUGGCUGAAGGACUCCCGACCAACCGGUAUUGUAACGGGUAGAGGGGCGUCUGGUCCCUCCAGUGUGUGAAAGUCCCGUCCGCAGAUGAAACCCGUAAUUAAUAAGGUCGCCGCAUGCAAGCUCGGAAUUUAACGUCGCGCAGGGUUCUUAUGGCGUGGGCUGUACCGUAUGUUUUAACUAGUGUAUCUACGAUAAAAACGAUAUUCUGUGCCUCUAACGGAACACAGUGCAAGAGCCACAAAAAUAUUAUAAGGCAUAAGGCAGAUGUUGCUCCUGGUAUGUUAGUAUAAAUGAUAAAUAUAUCGUGGAAUCUACUUGAAUUAGUUGCUUUAAGGGGAUUUGUAGAGGCCCUUACUGAAAAAGUUCUUGAAGGCUGAAGCUGUAAUGCAUAAUGGUUUUCCCAUGGGGUUAGUUGUAAUCAGGCAAAGAUAGCAAAAACAAAACAGAUGCUUGAAUCUUUCUCCAUAUAUUUCUGUUUUUGAUAUUUAUAUAGGGCUCUUACGAAGUUGCUUUAUUGUUACGUAGUUGUUAUAUGAUUUUCUGUUUGUUUUUCCUUUUCUUAAAUAUUUAUUAUUAUAAUGAUUUUUUAAGGGGGGGAGGGGGAGCUUUUCGUAUCAUAUAAAGAGAACGUCCACUAUAAGCGUUAGCGUUUUAGGCCUGUAUUCGAAACGAAGAGAGAAUGAUACCGCAAGCAGCACAUUUUUUUUUUGCUCGCCAUAGACAUAUUGAUGCUCAGACUAAUGGUUGUUAAGCUCUUCAUAAUUCUCUCUCGAUCUACAUGGGAGGUAUUGAUUUAUGCUAAUUUACACUGUGUCUACUUAAUAUACCGAUGAUAGUAUUGGCGUUCCUCUUAACGGGGAAGGUUUUUUUGUGUGGUUGCAACGUGUCUGCUGUAGGAAAUUAAAUGCUCAUAUUAAGUCUGUGUUCCGCGGCCAUCGAUCGGUGAAAGUAUUGUAGAUUUUCAAUGGAAGAGAUAGUGUUCAUACACAUUAUUAACACAAAGCAGUAUCCAAGGUGACUUCCUGUGUUAAGGUUUUGAUUAAUUGGUUCUAUUGAUGUUUUAUAUAUAAUGUAACACUCGGCUAAAUACUUAUGAUAUAUAUCUUCCCCAACCACGUCGUCUCAAAUUAGUGACAAAUUUUCUCACUUUUAUUAUCUGGCAAUGUCAGAAUAUAAUGCUUCAUCCUGGUAUGAUGGCUCAUUUUCUACAGAUAAUUUGCUGACCUCUCAAGCCUUAGGAGUGUGUACGUAACGAAAUAGGAAAGUAAUUACAAACUAUACUUUUUAUCUUGUAUGAAUAGCGUAUUUGAUAUUACUUGUUAUAUCUGUCGUAUUGUCUGAAUUAAGAACUUUCUUCCACAGAGUUCUAAAUAGCAAGUGGAGGUAUUCCAUAUCCAUUUGCCCAGGUCUAGCCCGAUAUUGUAACAGUCAUCGUUAAACUAUAUGUUUCAUUUACAGAGAACUGUAAAGAAAAAACAUCUAUUUCUAUGUAUUGU